ACUAGCCGAGACACUUUGGAAAGUUGAAAGUGCUAUUUUUGUGUAUAAUUUUGGAAUUGGUGCAUUUUCUCCACGAUUUUCUUCCUCGAUUUCCCGGGAAAUUGCCCAAAAAGUUAAAUAAAACUCUGCACUAUGACUUGCACAUGGGAAUAGAGUGAAAUUUAAAGUAAUAAAUUGUAAAUAAAGCUAGAAGGAGAAAAAGUGUCGUACAUAACCUCAAAGAUGAAGGGUCAGUGAAAGUUUUUCUUCUGGAAAAACAUAAAUAUUGCGUAAGUUGCUGGAGAAAAUUUGUGGAUGAGAGUGUAGUGUUGCGGAAUGGAGUGAUACGAUGCCAGGGCAGUCAAUGUUACCCUUCAAAAUCACCACCCAACGGGUGGUGAUCGUGUCAGUGACGGCAGGAAUAGCCCUGUUGGGUAUUCUUGCAAGAUAUCUCAAAAGACGGCGCACAAUUCGGCCACCGAGACGGGCUAGGAAGCUUCCAGGUGGCCGGAGAACACGGAACAGCAUGAGGAGCCCCAAUGAUGCAGUAUCCGUGGCGGGCUCUAAAGCCAGUGCUAGGAGUGUGAGUCCAGGAGGGAGUGUUCUAGCUUUUUCAGAUCGUCUCUCAUUGGCUUCUGGGUCACUGGGAGCGGGAGUUUUGGGUGCUUCAACGCCUCUCACGUCCCAGCAAUUGGGCGUGUUGGGUAUGGAGGCUCUUGAGAAUGUUAUAACGCACUGGGAAGAUGCUCUUGCAGCUCACUGUACAGCUGCAGGAGUCCUCGUAGUGGGCACUUCGGAGGAAUCAGAAUUCUGCCUUGAGAUACAGAACCUCCUGGAUGCUGCCUACAAUUUGCAGGAUCAGAGUGAGCUACUCUUCCUCGAUGAGCGAUCAGUGCUCUUCCGUGAGGAGAGCUGUGUUCUCGAUGCGUCCAUCGAGGAGGCCAGUGGUGCUCUGGGACGUGCCAAACGCAGUGGCAGCGAUCCCAAUCUCGAUUCAGCCGAGAGUUUUGCCUCAGCACUCGAUCAAGUGGCAGAUUUACGGGAAUUUGAAGAAUUUACUGAAGUCUUUGCAGCCAGUGCUGAUAAGUAUCCCUUCUAUCAGGCUGCUCUGCGUCAUCUGGAGGACACUCCUGUUCCAUGUCGCACCAUCCGGACGGAUUUGGUCAAUUGCUCCACGGAUUUGGAGUAUCUAGCCAAGUUGCAUUGCCUGCGAUUGGCAUUUCAGUUGCUGUUCAAGGAUGAGGGCACCAGUCGAUGGGUAGCAGAUACCGGACGUCAGAUACUGACAGAUCUCAUGUGCCUGGGUGACAAGGAUCCCAAGGAUUUCCUCGUAGGAUAUGAGGAAAUGAUGACUUUUCUCCAGGAUGAGAACAAUUGGCCAGCAAUAGAAAAAGAGCUGGAAGCUAGGAAUGUCAAAGCAAUGACCUUCUUUGACGUUGUGCUAGAUUUUAUAAUUUUGGACGCUUUUAAAGACUUGGACUCUCCCCCCGGGAGUGUCAUAGCUGUUGUCCAGAAUCGUUUUCUCUCGAAUGGCUUCAAGGAGACCGCCCUGACGACAGCUGUGUGGUCAGUACUGAAGGCCAAGAGGCGACUGCUUAAGUAUCCAAAUGGCUUUAUGGCGCAUUUCUAUCAAAUAUCUGAACAAAUAUCUCCCCUGAUGGCAUGGGGCUUCUUCGGACCCGAUGACAAUCUCAGGGAGGUCUGUCACUACUUCAGGGAGGAGACAAUUGGCUUCCUGAAGGACAUUUUUAGCUUUCAGAAGUGCAGAUUCACGAGUGUCGAGGAGCUCUCUGACGACAUUCUCAAGCAUAUGCGCCAACGGGUAGACAAUAUUGGGGUGAAGUUUAGUAAUUAUGUCCUACUCAAGGAAAUGCCAAAGAGAAGGAGAGGUCGUGGUGGUAGGGCUUCCGGGCGGACAGCCAAAGUUCCGGAAGCCACUAAGAGCCCCCCAGAGGCAGAGGAGGCAGAGAUUGAUUCUAAAGACAACUGCCAGUCAGAAGCUCCCGAAGUGGAGAUUGUGGAAAAAACUGAUGAAACUGUUGAAAUAAUGAUGAUUCCGGAAUCUCCGUCCAAUGAUACCACGACAGACGUAACCGUGGUAAAUGGGACAAUAGGUGAGGAGGAUGGUCUGAAGGAUAAUGUUGUGUCUGAUGUGGAGAAAUCUUCGUCGGAAGAUGCAAAAAUGGAGGUUGAGGGUGAAGAUGGGAAGAAGGAGAGUUCAGAAAUCAAGGCUGAAGUAGCAGAACAGCAGAUAUCUGAUGAAAUUUAUGACUUUGAGGAUGAUAUUCCUGCUUUUAGGCUGAGUUCGACGGAAACAAAAACCCUUCCUACGUUUAAAUUUGAAAAAUUUGGCAGUAAAUCGAGUGAGAGUGUGGAAAAUUUGCAGGAGGCUGUGGAAAAAAUUAAAAUAGAACCGUGUGAGAGUGUGAAGGUGGAAGAGAUGGAAACUGAUGUUAGUUCAUCGGUUCCGGAUGCCGGAUCAAAUAAUCAGGAUACACAGGAAACGCCAGAAGUUACGCCGGAGGUCACACCGCCAACUUUAACUCCGAACAUCCGACGAUCCACCCGGAUUAAGAGUAUUUCCAAGACAAAACAGCGAUCUCAUGGACAUGGUUUGGUGAGGGAUAAAGAGAAAUUUCUGCCCAAGACUCCUCCAGAGGAGCCCAAGACGCCAGUUAGGGCGAAAUCCAGGUGGAAGAAUUCGACAGAAACAGAGCAGAAGGUCAAGGAUUCGCCAGUCGUGGAAAAAGUAGCCGAAGAGAAGCAGGAAAAAGGGGAGAAAGUGACUGAAGAAGUGCCGAAGGUGGAGGAAAAGAAGCCAGAUGAGGAGGAAGAGAAAGCAAAGAAGCUGAAUGAGGAACAGAGGAAGAAGCAGCUGGAGCAGAAAUUGAAGCAAUUCGCACCAAUCCGGGACAAUAUCUAUCAGUGCGAGAGGAAUGUGAGCAAAGAGGCCAAGAAGAUGCUCUGUGAUUGCUUCCUUACGCCCGAAGAUAUGGACAGGGGCGAGUUGGGAUGCGGUGAGGAUUGUCUCAAUCGUCUGCUGAUGAUUGAAUGUGGCUCAAAGUGCGUUGUCGGUGAUCGGUGUACCAAUAGGCGCUUCCAGAAGUAUCAGUAUUCGCCAUGUCGGGUCUUCAAUACGGAUAAAAAGGGUCUGGGCAUCAUGGCUACAGAUACCAUCCUGGCGGGAGAUUUUGUAAUGGAGUACGUUGGCGAGGUACUAAAUUCGCAGCAAUUCGAAGAACGAGCCGCCAAUUAUUCCAAAGACAAAAAUAUCCAUUACUACUUCAUGGCCUUGAGGAGUGAUGCAGUAAUCGAUGCCACGAUCAAAGGCAACAUCUCCCGGUUCAUCAAUCACUCCUGCGAUCCAAAUGCCGAAACCCAGAAAUGGACAGUUAAUGGAGAAUUGCGAAUUGGAUUCUUUGCCACGAGGACAAUUGCUCCAGGAGAAGAGAUAACCUUCGAUUAUCAGUAUCAGAGAUACGGAAAGGAGGCACAGAAGUGUUUCUGUGAGGCAGAAAAUUGUCGAGGAUGGAUUGGUGAGGAGCCCGAUUCGACAGAAGACGAAGAAGAAGACGAAGAAGAAGAUGCUGAUGAUGAGGAAAGUGAAGCAGAAGAAACUCCCGAAGAUCAAACGACAGAAAAGGUUCCAGAAACUGAAGAAGAAACCAAAACGCCCACUAAACCAACCCGUAAAGAACCCAAACCACGUACUCCAGCCACCAAGAAGACACCAACUCGACGCAGAAGGGCACUUCAGAAGAAACGUCCGGAAAUCCUCGAAGAUCCCGAUCUCGACGAUGAAAUUGAUUUACUGACAGUUACAGGACUGAAGAAUCAGGCUCACACUCUCAAACUCAGUCGUUUGAUGGUGAGAGCAAAGAUUCAGGGUGCCAGGAGGAGACUACUGAGUCUCCUGCGUCGUGGAGAAUUGCCCUGUAGGCGUCUCUUUCUCGAUUACCAUGGCCUAAGGCUACUCAGUGGCUGGAUGGCUGAUGGGGCAGCGACUGAAUGUGCCUCGUUUAGGCUGGAACUCCUUGAAACCCUCAAAACACUGCCAAUUCCCAAUAAGACCAUCCUCAAGGAUACUGGCGUGAUGGGAACUGUGGAAAAGUGGAUGGGAACAGCUGAUGCGACCUCUUCCGUGGACAAUUCGCCAUCGGACAAGAGCACAGAGAGCCCACCGAGUGAGAAUACCAGCGCAGUUCAGACGCCACAGGAUACUCCUAAACAGCAAUCCCAGGGUCAGGCUUCAACGCCCAGUGCCUCCGUAACCAGUUCCCAGGAGACUUGUUCGCAGGAGAAGGUGAAAACAGAAGGGACGGCUACAGUUCCGGAAACUGUCCCUUCUGAAGACAUUGAGGCACUCAAUGGCACCAUAAAGGAUUUGGGUAAGAAUCUCCUGGAGAAAUGGUUGAGUCUGCCAGAAGUGUUUCGGAUACCGAAGAAGGAGCGCAUCGAGCAGAUGAAGGAGCAUGAACGUGAAGCUGACCUCAAGUACAUGGCACUGGGUCUGCACAUUGAGGAUGAGGCACGUGCUGAAGAGAGUCGCAAUCAGGCUAGAUAUAAGAAUGCCAAGGAGGAACCACGAAAGUUUGCAACGGCAGAAGUAAAGAGGGAACGAGCUGAGGAUCAUUUUAUGAGUAAGGCUCAACGAAGGAGAUUGUUUGCAAUGCAGGCAGCUGAGCAGAUGGCAGUCCGGAGGAGAAUGGAUGAAUGGGCACAUCAUGAAUUUAGGUGUACCUAUUUUGCUCUGGAUCCAUAUGCCACGCCCUCUGAGGACAUUCCGUCGUGGGUGGACCCAGAAACAGGGCAAUGGUAUGCGUAUGACUUGACGGAAGUCGAGACGCCCAAGAGUUAUGCUCAUAUUCCGGCUCCGGCUCGUCCAACGGCUAUUAACAUUGAGGACUAUGACUUGCCACAGUUAGAUUUGCCUGAGGGAUGGGAGUAUGCCCUGGAUCCCAAGGGACAGAUCUACUACUACCAUAGAAAAAUCAGAAUUUGCCAGUGGGAAACACCUAUUCGGAUUCUGCCGCUGGGAGAGCAACAGGAAGCUGCUCGGUUGACGAACAUGACAGAACUGCCCGAUGCAACGGACGGAGGGGACAGUAGUACCACGGAUACAUGUGACAGCGAAGAGGAGGCUCUUGAGAAGAAGAUCGCGCGGAUUAAGGCACUACAGAAAAUUGGAAUUGCUCCUUCGGUGAUUGCAAAACUUCAUCUCUGCGAUCCGGAAAGCGAGGACGAACCUGAAAAAGUUGAUGGUGAAGAGAAAACUGGAGAUGCAGGAAGGACUCGCUGUCGAACCCGAUUGGCAGAAUAUAGAGAAAUUAGCCCACGCCGGGAAGAGGAUAAGCUGUACAGUCAGAUGGAAAUGAAGCGUUAUCGUGAGACCAAAGAAAAAUUGAGACGUCGCAAGGAAGCUCUGAAGAGGCGAAAGUUGGCUAUCGCUUCGUCAGGUGGUGAUUCAUCGGUAAGUGAAGUGGUGAAUCUAGAUGGAGAAGACAGGGACACGGAGGAGGCGAAAAAGACUGAAGAUGCAGGAGCUGUGUGUGAUUCCACGUCGGAUCUUCUGAUUGAGAAGAUUGUAUUGGGAAAUAGUCGAGUGGAUGAACUCGAUGAACCCUUGAGACAUGCCGAUAGUGUUCAGCUGAAGAUUAAGCAGAAGCUCUUGAGGAAAAAGCGACAUAUGAAGCACAAGUCAAAAAGUCACAAGAAAAUGAAGACAGAUGAUGCUACGAGUGAUCCUCAGGAUGCUGGUGCACAGGCUAGGCGAAUAAAGGAUCUAUUUAGGACAAAUAUCGCCGGUGUUAUUGUGCAGCACCUCAAUCCGUACAGGAAGGAAACGUGUACGCUUGGACGAAUUACAAAUAAUGAGGAUUUUAAACAUUUAGCACGCAAGUUGACGCAUUUUGUAAUGGUGAAAGAAUUGAAGCACUGCAACAAUGUGACUGAUCUGACCGUAACGGAGUCGGUAAAGUUGAAAUCUCGCGAAUUUAUUCGCAAAUAUAUGGCAAAAUUCGGUGAGACGUAUGUUAAGCCUGAGAAUGAACCGGAAUACAAGGAUUGAGAUAAUUUUACGACAAUUGUAAUUUUAAAUAAACGCAAUUUUUUUACAAAAUG